GCGGCAGCAGAGUCUGCCCACUGUCCUAACGAGUGACGACCUUCCUCCAGCUGUUAUUGUCUCCAUUCCCCAAACACCUUAGUUUUUAAUCUUCUUCAUUUUUCUUUCAUCGAGACUGAGCUCUGCUUGUCUGGAGAGAUGGAUGCAUCUCAGACCACCAAAAAUCUCCACAACUGCCUCGUUAAGACCGAGAAACUUUUCGGCCUGGGAAGCACGGGUUUUCUGUGGUUCUAUUCGCUCUUUUUUUCUCUUAUUUUCUCCUUUUACAUCUUUUCUUCUUCAACUCCGCACAAAUUCACGCCCAUCCAGGAUAAUGCCGACAAUCCCGCAAAUGCCUAUUUUCAACACCUUCAAACAGAUAAUGAAAGCUGUGACUUGUUUGAUGGUGGGUGGGUUGAGGACAAGGAGGGUCCUCUAUAUUCAAAUUUGAGCUGCCCAACAAUCCCUUUGUCCAAAAAUUGCUUCUAUCAUGGAAGGAAGGAUAGAGAUUUUGUUUACUGGAGAUGGAAACCAGAAGGAUGUGAGCUUCCUCGGUUCAACCCCAAAGCGUUUUUGAGCAUUGUUCGAGGAAAAACAAUGGCUUUCAUUGGUGAUUCACUUGCUCGGAAUCAUAUGGAAUCGCUUCUAUGCCUUCUGUCUAUGGAAGAAACACCAAGAAAUGUAUACGAGGAUGCCGAGGACAAAUUCAGAAGCUGGCAUUUUCCCCACCACAACUUCACCCUCAUGGUCCUCCGCUCAGAAUUCCUUGUCCAAGCCACCCACAGGCUCAUCAAUGGCUCCUUCACAGGUGGUUUCCAUUUGCACCUAGAUCAACUGGAUUCCAACUGGACCCAAAAGCUACCCAUUAUCGACUACGCCAUUUUCUCCGACGCCCAUUGGUUCCUCCGACCAAACUACCUGUACGAGGGUGGCAAUCUCAUAGGUUGUGUCUAUUGCGGCGAUCCAACCGUGAAGGAUGUCGGCCCGGGUUUUGCUAUCCGGAGAGCGUUCCGAGCUGCUCUCAAGUAUGUGAACGAAAACCGCAAUGGGGUUGUGGUGUUUUUGCGGACGUUUUCGCCGGCGCAGUUUGAGCAUGGGGCGUGGAACAAGGGAGGGUUUUGUAAUAGGACAAGAGGGUUGGCUAAGGAAGAGGUGAAUGUUGGGGGGGAUGAUUGGGAGUUUAGGAACAUUCAAGUUGAGGAGAUUGAAAGGGCUAAAAGAUAUGGGGGAAAAAGAGGGAAUAGGUUUGGGAUUAUAGAUGUGACUAGAGCUAUGUUAAUGAGGCCGGAUGGACACCCUGGGGAAUUCUGGGGAAAUAAAUGGAUGAAGGGUUAUAGUGAUUGCAUACAUUGGUGCUUACCAGGGCCUAUUGACACUUGGAGUGAGCUUUUGUUACAGAUGCUUCACAACACUAGUAGGGCUCUCAAGCAAUCCUAGCUUGGGCAUCUUCUGUUACUUAUCUUUUUCUUUUCUUCUCUUGAGUGGGAAUGGAGACAAGACCAGAAGAUCUUUACCUGGAACUUGACAUAUUAGAGAACAUAAAAUAAUGAACACUCCUUUUUGCCUUGGCUUAAUUAUUCUGAUUUACUAAUCAUCUACUAGAACGAUUGGCCAUUUCUGAAAGUAUGGUUGUGUUAGAACCAAUGAGUCUUUCUAUAGAAACCUUUCCCCAACUGUUUUUGGAUGGCGUUCUGUUUCUUGCACAACGAAGUAUUGCCUUCUACUAAUAAUAUCCUCCCUGCUUCUUGUAUACUAUUCAAUCAUGUUAAGUGCUUAUGUCUGUCUGCUGCAUGUGUGCAAACAAAAGGAGUUUCAUUUUGCCUACCUUUACUAUACAUUUUAUGUAUUUUAUGUAUGUGGAAUCAGUACCCUCAGAGCUACUCUCUUUGUCUUUUUGGACUCAUCUUUAACGAUUUGUGUAGAGCUUUUGGUAUCUGAAGUAUAAUUCUGAACCCUCUUGGUUUCUUUUCCAAAUCAUUGAUUCUGAA